AUGAGAGACGCUAUCACUGCAUCUGCGGUCACAUGUUCUAUAGCUCAAGGAUCGUACCAGACUGCUUGGACCUUGGCAUGUGAUUUUAUGGAGUACAGCGGACUGUUAGUCACUGGUGAAGAUGAGCGUCACUGGGAAGGGCUUAUUCUCAAGUAUCGCGUGUUGCUCCAGAAUUAUUUCCUGAACGGCCCUUCCAUACUUGAUUACGAGCUACAAAGACGAUGCAUACAAUCUAUGUGGGACAUUGCAGUGAUGGAUAUCCGAAACGACUUGAUGAUAGCAUUGCAAUAUUGUGCCUUAUAUUGGUGCACUCGACGAGAAAUGCUGCAGGCCUUCAAAGUUGUGUUUCGAGAUGCUAGAGCUACGCAAGAUGCCGUAUUCGAGAUUCUGGCUCCAAAUUACUCUCGUUUGGGUCUGCGUGCCUUUGUACCGACACAGCUGUUGUCAUUACUUGAUAAGCGAGGCGCUGCCGGCCACGAGGCACUUGUUCCGUUCAAAGUACCAACGAGGAAGACUCCGCGACGGCUCCAACACGAUGAUACAAGCCUGUCAGAAUAUUCAAACCUUGCCCAUUUGGAAGGCUCUAUGCAUGGCUUCAUCAUGAUGGAGAACUAUACAGAAUGUGUGCCCGCCGAGGUAGCUAGCGGUGAGAGCGAAGCUAGGGAAGAUCCUGCUAGCGAUACUGAAGAAAUGACUUUGGCCGAGUGGAGAUUAGGCCCUGGCAGAAAAAAGAGUUGGAAAGUCCAUCCCAAGGAUAAGAUCCCAAGCAGACUCCAGCACCGGCGAGGUCAAGUUCUGCAUGGCGCCAAAAAUGUCAAGCAAAAUUUGGGUACCAUGGGGACGUCACAACAUGGUCAGCGACGAGGAUACAAAAAAAACCGGCAUGAUCGAUACGUACAGAAAUUCCAUCGUGGAAAUACGAAGCAAAGAAUACACCACCUCUGGGACGAUGAUUUCGAAGAAUAUGGAACAUCGUCUUACGUAAAUUUCGAGCCUCGAGUCUCAGUUCGGGCUGCCGAAAUCCUCGACGCGGAUGCGGUAUUGACUUCAGAUGACCAGCCGAUCGCUGUAACUCACAACUCUUUCAGUACAUUCUAUGGUAACAAAUCCCGGGCAGCUAAACGUGGCCGCCGAGAAGAGGCUAUCUACGAACGCAUUAUGGCUGAUCUACCCCCUCGACUUCCCAAUGGGCCGACCGAGAAGGGUACAAGCAAAGGCAAGAAGCACAAGCAACGUGGCAUAGAUAAAUUCAAAAUACCUCACUGCAACGAUUUGAAAGAUCUCCGCCUUUCUUUGGAACGUUUCUGGAAAGCGCUGUUGGAGAAGUCGGCGUUGCUCCGGAGGCUCGCUACUGGGCAAGAGUUAGCCACCGCAGAGUCAUACCUAAAGUUGUACAAGACAGUCGAGGCUCGAAGGCAUCAACUUACUCAACUGGAAUCUAUAUAUUCCAAGAUGAACAAGAAGUACAAACAGGUGCAGAAGGGCGUGAGAGGGAUGAAGAAGGAGAUGACCCAGCUUAAAAGUUGGCUUGUGUCUGCCAUGGAACAGAGAGACAUGAGACCGCGAUCUGCGUUGCACAAGGACAAAUUCAUUUAUUCCUUGCCUCAACCCAAAGUCGGGAGUUCACCCCAUUAUCCCUCGCUACGCAAACAUGGGAUUUUGGAGAAAGAAUCGGAAUUAAUUGUCCGGUUGCUUGACCACUGGAGCGACGUUGGGUACGUCAUGGUGUACAUGAAAGAAGUUGGCAUCAAGAUUGACACCUGGCAUCUGGGCCAGCUCUCAGUUCUGCGACAUGAUUUACAUAUCUACAUGAAGGAAGGAAAGCUAUCAGGCUGUAUUGAAACUCCAUGA